GAUAUGAUUUGUAAGCGGAUUGAAGAAAAAAAGCUACAUAUAAAAAAUUUCAACGGGUGGUUUUUUUUCUGUCUUACCACCAUUUCUUUUUCUCAAUCCAAACCUCAUCAAUCCAACUUAUUUCCCAAAGUUUUUUUCAUUCACAUUUAAGAGAAAGAAGAAAUGGAUCUAUCAAAGAAAUCAUCAAGAAUCAUUGAAGAUGAAACCAUUUAUGAUAUUUUAGGAAUUGGAUUUGGACCUUCAAACUUAUCAAUCAGUGUAGUUUUAGCCGAAAUGAAUUUAAAUUUAAAUUUACAAAUCUCAAGUCAUUCUCAAGAUGAUCGUAUUAAGAAGAAUCCAAAAAGAAUCAUUAGAUCAUGUUUUUUAGAAUCUCAUGAUCGAUUUCGAUGGCAUCCAGGAAUGAUGAUUCCUGGUAGUCGAAUGCAAAUCUCAUUUUUAAAAGACCUAGCUACUUUUCGUAAUCCAAGUUCACCAUUUACUUUUUUACAAUACUUACAUUCACAUAACCGAUUAGCAAGUUUCGUAAACCGAUCAACAUUCACACCGACCCGACGAGAGUUUUCAGAUUAUUUAACAUGGACAUCAAAUCAAGUGAUCGAUCAAACCAAUUCACCUACCAAUGUGUUUGUUAAAUACGAUCAAAGAGUUAUCAAUGUAGAACCGAUUCCAAACCAAACUGGUGAUAUCAUCUUACUGAAAAUCAUCUCAAUCUCAUCCAAUGGACAACUUUAUUCUAAUCUGUGUCAAAACUUAAUUAUCUCAACGGGUGGAAACGCUUUGAUUCCUUUACCUUUUCCUCAAUCUCAUCAUCAUCGGAUCAUUCAUACUUCUCAAUACUUGGAAAGAAUCGAUCAAGUUCUAUCAGAUUUACUCACUUCUUUAAAUUCAAAUCCAAGUUCAUCAUCUAAUUUGAUGUCAAGUUUAGAUUCACUUCGUCCUACUUCCGAUUCAUCCGAUUCAGAUCGAUCCAAUUCAUCAAGACCCUUAUCCGAUUCUUCACCCACCACACCAGACCAUGAACCGAACCUACACGAACCUCCUAGCAAACUCAAAAUAGCCGUCAUAGGAGCUGGACAAAGUGCUACUGAAACCUUACUAGAUACCUUUCAUAAAUUAAACCAACUUGAUGUUCGAUCUGAAAUCGAUUUAGUGAUUCGAAAAGGACAUUUGUAUCCUUCUGAUGAUUCAGCUUUUUCAAAUGAAAUCUUUGAUCCUAUCUCAACUCAAACCUUUUAUGAAUUAGGUCAAAAAGGUAAACUAAACUCUGCAAGAGAAAUCGUUUUGAACCAAUCUAAGGCUACAAACUAUGGGGUUGUGAAUCCUGAAACUCUAAAAUCGUUGUAUGAAACGAUUUAUGCACAAAAAGUUGAAGAAGAUAUCGAAUUCCAAGGAAGAAACUUAAACAGUUCAUCUAAAAUCAAAAUCAUUAAUCAUUCCAUCAUCAAAGAAAUCGAAGAUUCAUCUCCAUUAAUAGUGACCAUCGAAAACGUCUUAACAGGAGAAAGAUGUCAAAAAACUUAUGAUGCGAUUAUACUAGGUACAGGUUACAAACGAGAAAGUUGGAAAGAAAUCUUAUUUAAUCCAACUUCAUCUCAACCUCAAAGCAAAAACUUAUCAAACUUAUUUAUAAAUCAUCAGUCUAAUCAAUCUAUUAAGAAUCUCAUCAACUCAUUUCAAAUCUCGCGUCAUUAUAGAUUACUUUUACCUCUUGAAUUUCAAGAUCAAGAAAGAAAUCAUGAUCAUCGUUUCUUUCGUCCAACGGUUUGGCUUCAGGGUUGUAAUGAAUCGACUCAUGGAAUUGGUGAUAGUCUUUUAAGUGUUUUGGCCGUCAGAUCUGGUGAGGUUGUGGAUGGGAUUCUUAAUGAAGGUUGGUUUGGAAACGAAAAAAAAUCAUAA